AUGAAGUCUCUACCGUACCUCGUCUGCCUGGCGCCUGCAGCUCUAGCCGCCGUGGUCCGUUACAAUGUCGAUCUCACAUGGGAACAGGGCGCGCCCAAUGGCCAGUCGCGACAAAUGGUUUACAUGAAUGGCCAGUUCCCGGGUCCGACUAUCAGAGCCCAGCAAUACGAUCAGAUUGAGUUCACCAUCCAGAACCACCUGCCCUAUAAUGCCACCGUUCACUUCCACGGCAUUGAGAUGUCUGGUACUCCCUGGUCGGAUGGAGUCCCGGGGCUCACGCAAAGACCCGUCCAGCCCGGCCAAUCCUUUACCUACCGCUGGACGGCGACGCAGUAUGGAACGUACUGGUAUCAUGCCCACGCGCGUGGAUUAAUGGCGGAUGGGCUCUACGGACCCAUCUGGAUCGAUCCUGCUCCCGGCGUCGCCCAACCGUUUGCUUUCAUUUCCGACGAUCCAGACGAUAUCGAGGCUAUGCGCAACGCCGAGAGGGACCCCCAUUUGAUUUUAAUCUCGGACUGGACCAAAUUCACCUCGGAGGAAUAUCAGAGCGCCAUGGAGGUGAGCGGGGUGAAUGUAUUCUGCUCCGAUAGCAUCUUGAUCAACGGCCGAGGCUCGCUCUACUGCCCCGGGCUUGAUGCCAUCAACGCGUACCUAACGCCCGAGCUCCGAAAGGCGAUCGAUAACAGGACAUUCACAGACAAAGGAUGCUAUCCCAACUUUUACAACACCCAGGGGAAUUUUACGUAUGAUGAGUCCAAGCUUCCCGACGGACUGAAUUCCGGUUGCUACGCGUCCGCGGGAAGCCGGGAAGUCAUCGAAGUCGAUCCCAGUCGCCAAUGGGCCAGUAUGAAGUUUAUCGGGGGGACCGCCAUGAAGAGCGUGAUCGCCUCCAUUGACGAGCACCCCAUGUGGAUCUAUGAAGUGGAUGGGAACUACGUGGAGCCUCAACUAGUCCACACGGUGACGAUUUUCAAUGGCCAGCGCUAUUCGGCGAUGAUCAAGCUCGACAAGCCGGCCAAGGACUAUACCAUCACCAUUCCCGACACCAGCCAGGAUCAAAUCAUCGCCGGGUAUGCCACGAUGCGAUACACCGGCGGCAGCGAUGGCGACAACUCGGGAGCAGACUCCGUCCCAUACCUGAAUUAUGGCGGUCUGAACACCACGGCGGAUGUCAUCACGCUGAAUGACAGCACGCUCGUGCCGUACCCGAUCCUCCCAAUCCCCAGGGCCGCGGACCAACUGGUCAACCUCACCAUGGGACGCCUGGGGGCCGCGUAUCGAUGGACUCUCGAGGGGUAUGCACUAUACGAUAUCAUGGCCAACUACGACAGCCCUAUCCUGCUGGACCUCAACGCGCAGCACCACCUGGCCGACAAAGUGGUCGUCCAGUUCCGCAACGGCACCUGGGUCGACAUUGUCUUCCAAAUCGGACACUUGCCCAACAACACUCCAAUUUCCGCCGCCCACAUCAUCCACAAACACUCCAACAAGUUUUUCGUUCUCGGACAAGGCACGGGCAUCUUCAGCUGGCAGAGUGUGGCCGAAGCCGCCACGGAACAACCGCACCUGUUCGAGCUGGAGAAACCUCUGUAUCGCGACUCCAUUGUCGUUCUGAACCUGUCCGGACCCAAUUGGGCCGUCAUCCGGUAUCAAGUCGUCAAUCCGGGGCCCUUUCUCAUCCAUUGCCACAUUGAGUCCCACCUGUUCAACGGGAUGGCGGUUGCGCUCCUGGACGGGGUGGACCAAUGGCCCGAAGUGCCUCCAGAAUACAGGCGCUGA